CUCAACCGUAUACUCCUUCCUGCUACUCUACUCAUAGCGUACACUGAUAAGCUCACAUAGAAGCACAGUAGACGCCGUCAGUAUGUCCCUCGAGUCACCCUUGCCGGCACUGGCUGCCUUCUCCGAGUCUCUGGCCACACUUGGUCAGACGCUCGACCCCCUCUUGAAGCAGCCGCUAGAUCAAAUUGUCUCCAAGCUCGAGGAGGGAAGCAGCCACACUGCCGAGUCUUCUUCCAAUGGACUUGAAGGCAGGCUGGACGCCGCCAAAUUGCAGGUCUCGAUCGCCUAUGUUCUGCUGGAUCUAGUGUGGUUCCAGCUCAAAGUCCAAGGACAAGACCCUUCAGCCCAUCCUGUGCACGCAGAGCUAGAGCGUGUCCGCACCUACUUUGGCAAGAUCAAAUUCGUCCAGUCUGGAGCCAGCAGUGCCUCUUCUUCGACCUCGUCUGGAGCUCCUACUCUGCCUGGACAGGAAGGAAGGCUGAGGGUGGAUCAGGCGGCUGCUGGGAGGUUCAUUAGGAGUGGACUUGGGGCGGCGGGGGAGAAGGGGAAACAUACCAAGUUUGAUGAGGCUGAGAAAAAGGAGGAGGCGGCGGCGGAGGCGGUGGCCAGUGGUAGUGCGAGCAGUAGCAGUAGCAGUAGUAGCGACAGCAGCGAUAGCGAAGGUGACUCUGGAGCCGAGGCCCCAGCUGAACUUUCAACAAAGAAGGACAAGAAGGGGAGAAUAAUUCGUGAUCCCUUCGAAGGCUACGACUCGCCUAAGCGUACGAAGAGCAAACAAGACGCUCCUACUUCCUCUGCAAAGAAGCGCAAGGCCUCUACAGAAGCUGCAGCAAUUCCCGAAGCCGCUGCAGCCUCCCCGUCGUCGCAUCCGGCUAGUAAGAAGGCGCGAAAGAGGUCAGGCAAGGGCAGCAAGCAGAAGAAGCAUUGAAGUGGUGCACAGUCGUGGACCAAUUGAAGGCGCUGAUGAUCUUAUGAGGUCACUUCUUCCUCCUUUCUCAUAUCCCACUAUCGUCUGCUGCCGUCAUGCCAUCCCGCUACCGCU